GUCUUAUGACAGCGAUUAUGAUAUAAGAACUUUACCUUUGCGGAAGCUCCCGGAUUUUCUGCACCGUAUAUAAUUAUCUGUGCGUGUAUUUGUAUCAUGAGAUCGUUAAUCAUUAUAUUAUAUCGCGUGUCUACCAUGUCGCCGAUGUCCCCGUGCAGAAAGGAAGCCCGAAAGCCAAGCCCAUGCAAACCAACAGAAAAGAUAUGCGAUUAAUGCAGUACUUCUCUCCAACUCGCCGAAGAUACUUCAAUUGCUCCGAAAUCGAAUUUCUCGCUUUUCCCACAAAGAAAAUUAACGUUCUGUGACUGUGAUCGGCGCUUUAACUUCAAAGAUGUUGCACCAUAAAAGGGGUGGAGCAAAGGCAACAAGAAGAAUGGCGAAAAAAGUGGCACCAGCAGCAUUACAGACGGAAGUUCUUAAUGACGAGGAAUGGAUGAAAGUAUUAAAACGGAAAGGCUUAGUAGUAGUGGACGUGUACUCGGAUUGGAGUGGUCCUUGCACAGGUAUGGUGAGUAUUCUGAAGAAGAUAAAAAUGGAGAUCGGAGGCGACGCAUUGAGUUACGCAAUGGCAAGUUGUGAUCAUGUUACCGACUUGAAGCGGUUUCAAGGAAAAAGUGAACCUACGUGGAUGUUUAUUCAUGAAGGCCGAAUGAUAAAUUUAAUGUUCGGAGCGCAUUGCCCGCAAUUUGUAAAAAUACUGAUGACCGAGCUCGAAAGAAUUCAAAAAGGUGACGAGCAUGAAUUUUUGAUAGAUGUUUUUGAGAAAAGUCCGGAAGAAAUAGUUCGAUUGAAAAUCCAGGAGGAGGCGAAAAUAGCCAAGGAAACAGCAAGGAAAUCUCGAAAAGUUGCUGAAGCUAAGGCAAGAUAUGAGGCAGAAAUGUUGCAUCUGAUCACGUCGUUAUGCAACGAGACUUGCCUACUGUUGUUUCCCUGGAUAUUCAAGGAUGAAGAGGGACGUAGAAGAGAUAAGAGAACGAGUCCUCCAUAUGUAGAAUUAAUCGAGGAAUUGCUACCAGAGAACUACAUGGUGGAACAAGAACUACGUAAACGAAUGAACGCGGAUCUGCUCCAGCAAAUGCUUCAUGAAUCCACAUACAGCUUUACAGAAACUAGCAAACAAUUGCUCUUUGAUGGUAAAUGUAUGUUUAUGCGAUUGAAGAUUGUUGAAGGAAAAAAGCAACUUGACGUUCAUAAUCACCUGUGCAAUAUCUUAUUCAAUGAAUUGACAGUACCGGAAUCGGAAGACAAUUUAAAUGAAGAUUGCUACGCCGGAAAACAUCGUCCAGCUUUUGAAGUUCCUGAGGAAAAUAAAAAGUUUCCUUUUAUUUGGACACCUCCGAAUCCCAGAAAUAAGGCUAUCGUUUUUCGUACAAUAUUCACUGUUUAUACUAAUACAAUGUAUCCGUACGAAGAUAAGAUAGCUAAAGUACCAAUAACCGUCUUCAAAUAUGAUUAUACGCGUAAAAAUGAUUUAAAAAUGGUGCUGGAAAUGUUCGAUGAUGAUGUCAUCAAUUUUGGUAUAUUUGAAUAUGAUAAACCACCUGAGGCUAAGAUGAUUGCCAAAACUAUAGAGGCGUUUGAGAUGAGUACAGAAGAAAAAACGGGUUACGAAAUAUUUGUCUGUACCGUAAAAAAAGUCGGUUGUGAAGCAUUUUUGGGCUUCGCUGGAAUCGGACCUUUUCAUGUAAGUGAAAAUUUGGAGAAGGCUGUUGAAGAAUCGAAAUUAUAUUUCCCAGACAUUGUUGCUGUAGAAGAAUCGCAAUCGGACGACGAGGAAAAAUCCGAGGAAUUAAUAGAAGAGUAUCAAGAUGAUACGACGACAAUGUAAUUAUUUAACAAAAUUGAAGGAUUCUUCCUAUACAAAAUAAAUAACAAUAAAUA